ACCUCACCUCACUUGAAGCUCUGUUCCACGAUCCUUCACCAACAAUAACAACAACACCAAAGACACUUGAAAUCAGAAUCAACAAGAUAUACCAAUAAACAUGCACUUCCCAGGCCACAGCAGCAAGGAGGAAUCCGCCCAAGCGGCCCUCACGAAGCUGAACUCCUGGUUCCCCACCACCAAGAACCCCGUCAUCAUCAGCGCCCCCAUGUAUCUCAUCGCCAACGGCACUCUUGCGGCCGAGGUAUCCAAGGCCGGCGGUAUUGGCUUUGUCGCCGGCGGCUCCGACUUCCGCCCCGGCUCCUCCCACCUAACCGCCCUCUCCACCGAACUUGCCUCCGUCCGCAGCCGCCUCGGUCUUACCGACCGCCCCCUCACCCCUCUCCCCGGCAUUGGCGUCGGCCUCAUCCUAACCCACACCAUCUCCGUCCCCUACGUAACCGACACCGUCCUGCCCAUCCUGAUCGAACACUCCCCGCAAGCAGUCUGGCUCUUCGCCAACGACCCGGAUUUCGAGUCCUCUUCCGAGCCAGGCGCAAAGGGAACAGCAAAGCAAAUCAUCGAGGCUCUUCACGCUUCGGGGUUCGUGUUAUUCUUUCAGGUGGGCACGGUGAAAGAUGCAAGGAAGGCGGUGGCAGAUGGGGCAGAUGUGAUUGUUGCGCAAGGGAUCGAUGCGGGAGGGCAUCAGCUUGCUACAGGGAGUGGGAUUGUGAGUUUGGUACCAGAGGUUAGGGAUAUGCUUGAUAGAGAGUUCAAGGAACGAGAGGUGGUGGUUGUGGCGGCGGGAGGUGUGGCGGAUGGGAGGGGGGUUGUAGGGGCGCUGGGUCUAGGCGCCGAGGGUGUGGUAUUGGGUACUAGGUUCACCGUAGCAGUCGAAGCUUCCACCCCCGAGUUCCGCAGGAAGGUCAUCCUCGAGACAAACGAUGGUGGUCUCAACACCGUCAAAUCCCAUUUCCACGACCAAAUCAACAGCAACACAAUCUGGCACAACGUCUACGACGGGCGAGCGGUUCGCAAUGCCUCUUACGACGACCACGCGGCCGGUGUCCCCUUUGAAGAGAAUCACCAGAAGUUCAAGGAGGCAGCGAGCUCUGGGGAUAACUCGCGGGCUGUGACUUGGUCCGGGACUGCUGUGGGUCUGAUAAAGGACCAGAAGCCGGCUGGCGAUAUUGUUAGGGAGUUGAGGGAAGAGGCCAAAGAGAGGAUCAAGAAGAUUCAGGCUUUUGCUGCUUAAAAAGGGG